AUGACAGCGGUCGAUGAGAUGAAGAAGCAAAAUAAUGAGGUCAGUUUUUUCCUUGAAAAUUAGAAGAAUUCUGUUUUUUAACGUAUCGAAGAGAGCUUUCAGGUUAGAUUCCAAGUUAAAAAUAAUUCAAAUUUCACGUCGUUUAAUCGAAGGAAGAAACAAUGCUCAUAGCUGUUGAAUACCGUCCAAAGGGUUUUCUAAAAAAUUAUUACAGUCGUUGGACUUCAUAAUCCGAGACGAAGACGUCGCCGACGUCCCUGACGACGACGAUCAUCCGAAGAUCAACCAGGCUGUCAAUGAUGGAAACAAGACAGUUAUCACUAUAUCUUCUGAGGCCGGCUUUGAGCUGCACCAACAUUGGCUCGACCAGGGCAUUUCUGGUCUGAUGGCUGCGGUUGUCACUCACAAGUGAGGGAUUCAUAAUCAUUAGUUUCUGUUUCGAAGGGAUUUAUAGUCCGUUCAGAUUUUGAAUGUCAAGUAGAAUGACGUCAUUCGAAAACGCUCUGUGGAUGGCUCGCUCUCUGAUUGGUUUAUCGCGCCAUUAGGGGGCGGAGCUUGAGCGAGGAGUUGACAUUUAGAAUCUGAACAGACUAGUUUCUCAUUUCGAGUUUCCAAGCUUAGGACUGAAACUUUGCUUGUUGUCCUUGGACUGGAACGUGGUCUUCCAUCUGAAACUUCCAACCGACAAAAUUUGUGAAACUAGGCAGAUUUGAGAGAUCUACGGCGGCCUGAAGAGACGCCAGAGAAGACAAAGUUUCUGUUUUCUCUGUCGUCUAUUCUAAACUACCUAUCUCUCUCUCUCCUUUCUUCCCCUCUAUUGUCUCUUCUGACACGAAACUUUUGAUUUUUCACCAUUAUUCUGAGAAAAAAUCGAAAAACUCCUAAAUUCGUUUCUGAAGAAUCAAAACUUCAGGAUCAACGCCAACAAACUCAACAAAGAAGACAAACGACGCCAUAGAAACUGCACGAAAUCAGCAAAAUCAGUCACCUCCCAUGCAAAAUGCGUCGUGACCAUUUUGGACAAGGUCCAGGAUCGCGAUCAGAAACUGAAAAUGUACAGCGACAUGCGAUUUUUCCGUGAGUUUUUGAGAGAAAAAAAGCAACUUGAAAGGCUUUGGAAUGGAUCGCGCUGCGUUAUUUCAAAGAAUGAUCAAUUUCGGUGCUUUUGCGACCAGGGAGUGAUCUCAGCUCACAGUGGGACUUCUGAAGGAGACUAGGUGUAGUUUUCAAGCUGAUUCCAAAUCCGGUACUUUUGAGGGUUCAAAACUUUUUUCACAGACCUCGGUCGCAGCUUUUGAGACCGGACUUGGAAUCAACGCGAAAAACUACGUCUAGUUACCUGAUCUCAUUCAGAAGUCCCACUUAAAGCUGAGACCGUUCCCUGGUGAGAGUAAGAAUGCUACAAGAUAGUGUCGAGCGCAAGUAGUUUUGGGUCGGGUACACCGAAAAUACGUGAAUAGGGGGGAGGGGUUGAACAUCGGUACCAGAGCAUUUCAAACAAGUAUUGAUCACAAUGAAAAAUUAUAAAUGUUUUCAGUACAACGACACAAAAAGGAGCACUUGAACUCGGGAAAGUACAACCAUAUGAUGAAGAAAUUCGAUCAGUUGGCAAGAAAUGAAGAACCCAGUCAGGCUUUCCGUGUCAAAAGGAAUAUUCGCAACCUUUUCCGUCCGAAAGUCCGGAAUCAAGACCAAUUCGAAUUGAUCGAGGAGAAGCAUCUGUCCCCGGUGGCUCUGAUUGCAAGGAGAUUGACCAGCUUGGUGAGGUCGGCCAAGAAGACGGAUCAACCACCGAAAAGGUCAGUUCGGAAGGUUUGAAACGGGGAAGAAUUGGAUGAAAAAUGGUAAAGAAGCUGAAAAAAUUUAUGUCGUGAUCAAAGUGGUUCCGCGAAAUCCAAGGUAGCGGUCCGAGAAAAAAAAAGAUCACUGAACUCUGGAGGGUCAGAGAUAAAUUUGCGGUUCGUAGAAAAUACUUUGAAAAAAAGACAUAUCAAAAAAAAUUUUGGAAAAAAAGUAGAAAAAAAUCCGGAAAAAUUUUUUUGUUUAAUAAGAUUAUCCUUGGAGCACACUUGAACUUUUUUGUUUUUAGCUGGUUUUAGUAAGGAAAUUGCGCUCCAUCGAAAAUUACGAUUUUUUUAUUUUUUCAAUCGCGUUAUUCUUAUCAACGUUUCAAAAUGUUCAAAGCUAAAAAAAUCAAUGAAAAAGGUGGAAAAAUCGAUAAAAAUUAACCGAGGUGUACACAGAAUCCAAAAUGUCUCAAAAAGGACUUUCGGAAAAAAGGCGUUUAUGAGGGCUCGAAGGCACCUUUUUUUCUAGACCUUUUUCUGAAAAGAAACUUUCACGGAGGUGUAAAAAAGAAGAAAGCGGAAAAAAGGUGGAAAAAAAAAUUCGAAGACACCUCCAGCAUCUCAAAAAGGAGCUUCUUUUCAAGGCAUUUUUAAGGUCGUUUGGACUUUGCCUGUGUCCAGGAAACUUGUAUCUUUUUUCAGCCUCGAAAUAUUUUUUCAGAUGGCAACAAGUGAUCCAAGACAUCAAAAGCGAAAGCGAGAGGCUCAAGAAGAAGAAAAAGAGCAAGGAUAUGUUGAAAAAGAAAUUCUCCCGAUUCAUCGACACCAUGAAAAACGCUGGACUGAACCCGAAAAAUGCGAUGAACGCUAUGGUUAUCAUAUAAUAUUCCUAAGAAUCCAAGCAUUUUUAGGGCAUGGAAGACGUCUUGGAAGAUGACCCGGUGCUUUCGGAAAAGGAGGAACUUUUAAGGGAUCGAAAAGAAGCGAUCAAGAACAUGACCCCGGAACAGAAAAUGAUGGCCGAGCCGAUAAAGUUGAUUCGUGAAGGUAUUUUUCAAAAUGUUAUACUCUCUUCACUGUGACUUUAGAAUUUUUUGAAUAUCUUCUUUUCCCUCGCCUCUUAGAGAUCAUGAGGGUGCAGACAGGCCAAAUUGAUAGAAAAAGUAGGAAGCAUAACUUUCAAAACAACUUUUUGAAAAGCUUACUUGAUGAACUUUCAUAAUCGAAAAAAAUUACUUACACUUAUUGGCGUAUACUGAUGCAGAGCGCAAGUCGUUUAUGGUCGGCUGCAAAAAAAAAAAACGACCAAAGUUCCACGUACCAUGAUAUCAUGAAAAAGUGCUUUGAAUCUAAAAAUAACCAAGAUGAUUAAAUUAUGCUGACGCCAAACCUCGUUUCGUGAGUUGAAACGUUGGAAUGGUCGAAUCUCCACUCUGCGAAAGCCGUUUCAAGGUCGGCUGCAUCGCAAUUGUAAUCAUUUCCUUCAAAAAGCGACGCGUUGAGCUAUUUUACGUUCGUAUGUUCUAGCCAGUUCGAAAAACUGGAAAAAAAAUCUGGGGAGUUUUAUGAUAGCGCGUAAAUCGCUUUAAGAUGGCCGCAUUUUAAAAGUCGCGACUUUGAAACAGCAAUGCCUCAUGAGCUUUUCUCUCUGAAAGCCACGUCGAUUAUUGGGCCGCGUUUGGAAUGGUUCAACAUGUCGAGGCUCUUUUAUGUUGCGCCCGACCUAAACCGACAUUUCCUAUACAGUAUCGAGAAGCAGACGUGAAAUCGAGUCUAGACGUUGAAUCCAUUCCAAAGCUACCACGGCUGUACGAGCCAUCACAAAUCUAUCUACUCUUUGGCAGAAAUCCAAAUCGCGAAGGGAAAGAACUUUUUGCAGGUGUCAAGCUCGGAAUGGUGAUGGCUGGCCACAACACGUCGGAUUUCGACGAGAAGACCAUUUCUCUGAUUUCACCACGAUUGCUGAGUGUCCUACCCGAUGAGAAUAAUGAUACGGUGAAUAAUUCUCAAAUCUUCCACUAAAAAAACUUUCAGAUUUCAUUACUCUCCCCGUCUCUACUGUCGAUGCACGGUGAAGGAACUGAGCUGGAGAGGAAAUUGUCGUUGAUGAAAGCUUUGAAGCUGAUGGCUGAUACCGGCCAGGAAGAGUGGAUGAACUUUGUUUUCGAGGCCGCUGGGGUUACGGAGGCUGUUGAUAUGAUCCGGGUGAGUUCUGAGGGGAAUAAUAGAAGGAAAGAGGCUAGAGAAACGCAGAAAAAUGAACUUUGGGGAAGAGGGGCGAAUUGAGGGAAAAUCUCUUCCUAAGAAGUUCUAUAAAACCGGUCAAGAAAAAACCAGAACCUUCCCCAAGCUUCAACCUUCCAGGACGCCGAAGUCCGAACCGAACGAGAAGAAAUGAUGAAGGAUUUCGUGAGCAAGGACGGCCAACCGAUGUACUUCACCAAGGAGAACGUCACUGAGAUCUACGGAGACUACGAGAAGAGCAAAAUCGAGACUUUCGAACGGCUUCACGACUCUUUGUCACCUGAGCAGGUGAGGUUCUUUGAAAGAAUCAAGAAAGCCAUUUUUUCCAGAUGGAAGGCCUGAAUCAAACGGGGUACACGAUAAUGGAAAAGGCUCAGCUUCACGCCUUCUACGGACCCGGAUCUCCAUUCAACGAUUCAGAAGCCCUUCAAAGGCUGACCAGCGUCGAGAAAGAAGCCAUGCCGGCUCUCAUUGAAACUCACAUCCGACAGUUGGCCAAGGAGGAGCUCAAGUUCGAAGCUUCGAGAAAGGUUCGGGACAAAAAAAAGCAACAGUAGAGAAUGCAAAUAAGUGAGUCAAAAAAAUCAUUAAAAAAAUUAUGUUUGAGAUUAAGGAAAAAUUUUGAGGACGGUCAUUUAGCUUUGCUUUUUUUGAAACUUUCUGGAAAUAAGCAAGAAAAAUUUUUUUGCAAGGGUUCUUUGAGGACCGCUUGAGUUUCUCACUGAAAAAUUGAGAAACGGCAGCUGGGGGCGAACAUUUAAAAAAAAGAAGUAAAACCAAAAAAAAAAGAGUAAAAAAAAACAGAAAAAAAAAAUGAAAAAAGGCGGUGGAGAGGAUGAGAGCGGCCAACACUGAUCAAUGGUCAGGGGUAGAGAAAAAUACAGUUUUAACGGAAUGAGUCCAAAGUCCCAAGUUUUAAUAUCCGAGGUCCAUUUUUUUCAACUGUUCCAAAAACAGGAAAAUCUUCAAAAAAAGCUUGCCGCGAAACAGUCAUAUUCAAUUCCGGUCACAGACCAUAUUUCUUUUCUGUGGGGCUAUGCGGAAUUUUCUUUGGAAAGACAUAGUCCUAAAGAAGGUCUUCUUCUUCCGAAUACCUGAUUGAGAUACAUAUCCAAACUAGAAUUAUAUUUUAGGGCUGUAAAGAUUGAAGUGGUGUCAAAGAACGGCUUAAACAAGGCUCUAGCCAUGUCAAACCAAACUGGAGUCAGGCUUUCAGAAAAUGUCCUUCUAGUAAAGUUGAUCCUUCCGACCAAGCUCAUUCGAAAACUUCUUAGAAAGCUUGUUUCUGAGCCUUCCAAGUGAUCAAUUAAGAGUGCUGACGCUUCUAAAGGGAUCACUAGGAAUCCUCAGAAACCUCCGAGGGCUAAAAAAAAAUGGAAUCUUUCUAAAGCCUGUAGUUUUUCAAGUUUUGCCAAAAUAAAACUCACGCCAAGAGAAACUAUGCCUAAAGUUAAACUAUCCAAAAAAGAUCCAGUUUGAGCCUCCAGCUCAUCCGAAAACUUUCAGAAAGACGUGACCCUCACUCCGACCCUGCUCCUGAACGUCGUCGGCGACCCCGUCCUCGCCUCCCAGCCGUUCAUCCUCUCGCCGAUCGUCCUUUCCAGUCUGGUCCUCUCUCCGUCCAUCUACGGCGCCGUCAUUCUCUCGCCCUGGGUCUUCGUCCCGGUCAUCGUCGCUCCCAGAAUCCUCGGUCCCGUCGUCCUGUCUCCUGUAGUCUUCGCACCGAUCGUUCUCUCGCCUCUAGCUUUGAUCCCAGUUAUCCUCACGCCAGGAGUCGGACUCCCACUGAUUCUCUCGCCAUUCCUGAUGACUCCCUUCAUCUUGUCGCCAGUCGUCAUGGCUCCCCUGAUUCUGUCGCCAUUUUGCCUUUCUCCCUUCAUUUUGGUCCCGAAUGCUUUGACUCCGAUGGUUUUGUCGCCAUUCGUCCUGUCGCCCUUGAUUUUGUCGCCUCCUUUCGUUUCCGCUUUCGUUUUGAAUCCAUACGCUUUAUCUCCCGUAGUCGCGUCCAAUGGAGCACUUUUCACCGCGGUUUUAUCGCCUAGUUUUUUGAGUUAAAACUGAGAUUAUAUGGAGGAGAAGUUGAAGCUAUUCCGGUAUUUACUAUAGCCGAUUCACGGCGAACUUGGGAAAGGGCGUGGCCUGUCUGCGUCCUCCACCGACUAG